CCCUCGCGGCGCUCCGUCUCUCGGUAGGAGCAGCUGUUCCAGCCAACAUGGCGGCGGUGUUGCUGCUGCAGGAACUCUCAAUGACAACCGCUUUGGCCCGGCGCCUCGCAGGGAGAGGAGGAGCAGAGGCGGCGAGAGUGGUCGGCGCUGCUCGCUGUGGGGCCAGGUCACUGAACACUUCCACAUGGCAACUGGCACAGGACCAAGCCCAAGACACGCAACUCAUCACAGUUGAUGAAAAAUUGGACAUUACACCUUUAACUGGUGUACCAGAGGAACAUAUUAAAACCAGGAAAGUGCACAUUUUUGUUCCAGCACGUAACGCCAUGCAAGCUGGUGUUAACAAUACCAAAAAAUGGAAGAUGGAAUUUGAUACAAGGGAGCGCUGGGAAAACCCUUUGAUGGGCUGGGCAUCUACAGCCGAUCCUCUAUCCAAUAUGCUUCUGUCCUUCUCUACAAAAGAAACAGCUAUUGCCUUUGCUGAAAAAAACGGCUGGAGCUAUGAUGUUCAAGAGCGGAGGAUUCCAAAACCUAAAUCCAAGUCUUAUGGCGCAAACUUUUCUUGGAACAAAAGGACAAGGGUGUCCACAAAAUAGGUUGGCAUUGGCUGUCUCUGCAUCUGACUGUGAAUAAAGUCAGCUGUGCUGUAUUUAUAGUCCAUGUAUAAUACAUCUCUUAAUCUCCUAAUAAAUUUGACCUUUAAACUA